UCAACUUAUUAAGUUCCCCAAAUUUUCCAUAAAUUUCUAUUGAGUCAAAUUUAUACUACUACAACAACAUUUCUUUGCUCUUCCUCAAUAUCUUCCUUUCCUUCUUCAGCCUACAAUUUUCUCAACCAACCUGGAUUUCUCAUUUCUGGGUCUAAAAUAGGGUAAUGUCGCGUGCAUCUCACCCGCCAUUUAAUAUCGUCGGGAUAAUGAAGUGUAUGAAUCUAUGAUUAGUGUUUUACAAAAAAGUUAGGUACAGCAUAAUCUUGCUGCAUAUAAUCUCGUGGUCGCUUGCUGUGGGCAAGAAACGGGGAGUUCAUAUUCUCACUGUCGUUUGUGUUCAUACGAAAGGAGGCUUUUGUCCCCCGGAAUUUUCUUCGACAGUCAGUUUUUAGUAUUCUCGGAUGCAAACAUCUCAGCGCAACUGCAUACCAAGUGCAGUACACGGGUUCCAUUACCAGCAUGCGCCUGAGAUGACGCCUUAUUGCUCUUCCCAUUACCAAAUCAUGGACAAAAAUACAUACCCUGAUAUUCCUACCCAGGAAAGCCUGAUGUCUUUCCAAACAUACGACGAAGGGUAUUUCACAUUAGACUCUGCUCCAGCCACGAGCUUAUAUCACAUCUACGACUCACCAAGCGAUGUCAGUACCUUAUCAAACCGAAGUUCAUUUUCUCCACAAGGUUCUCAGUCGUACAUCUCGGACCCUCAUCAGUCGUCAGACAACAAUUAUGGUUCCCCAAUUAGCGGCUCCUCUGUGGUGGACGACAAUACGGAACUAAGAAACCGACUCAGAGAUCUAGAUCGUUUUCUAAUGGAGCCUGAUUCACCACAGAUGUCAGAUGGGCACUUUUGCUCAAUGAACAGCCAAGGGUAUCAUGUAGCCUCGUCGAAUCGACUGAUGGAAAUGCUCCCGAAGAUGGAACUCCAACAGGUUCUUUAUUUAUGUGCACAAGCAAUCUCGGACAAUGAUUUGUCGAGUGCUGAAACCCUUAUGAAUGCUUUAGGGAAUAUGGUGUCGAUAAAUGGGACUCCUAUCCAACGAUUGGGUGCUUAUAUGCUCGAAGGUCUGAGAGCGAGGAUCGAGUCUUCAGGGUAUACUAUCUAUAAGAAGCUAAGGUGCGAUCAACCAACGAGUAAAGAGCUUCUCACCUACAUGCAUACUCUGUAUCAGGUCUGCCCUUAUUUUAAAUUCGCUUACGUAUCUUCGAAUUCUAUCAUCCAAGAAGCAAUCGGGAAUGACAGGAGCAUUCAUAUAAUCGAUUUUCAAAUUGGGAUGGGAACACAAUGGACAUCGUUACUCCAUUCUCUAGCUAAUCGACCUGGUGGGCCCCCACUUGUUCGUAUAACGGGUGUUGAUGACUCCCAAUCAGCCUAUGCUCGAGGAGGAGGGCUCGAUCUUGUAGAAAAAAAACUGUCGGCUGAGGCCAGAUCGUUCAGGGUACCUGUGCCGUUUGAAUUUAAUGCUGCAGCAAUGUCGGGUUGCCAAGUUAAUGAAGAGAAUCUUAGGGUUCGCCCUGGGGAAGCCUUGUUUGUGAAUUUCCCGUUCAUGUUACACCACAUGCCAGACGAGAGCGUGAGCACAGAAAACCAUCGAGACCGCUUGUUGAGGCUAAUCAAGAGCUUAUCGCCUCGAGUAGUGACUGUAGUCGAGCAAGAGUCUAAUACAAACACUCCUCCCUUCCUUCAACGAUUCCUCGAGACUUUGGAUUACUACACCGCUAUGUUCGAGUCGGUCGAUGUGGCUCUUCCAAGGGACGACAAGAAGAGGAUAAACACCGAGAUGCAUUGUCUUGCACGUGACAUCGUAAACAUGAUAGCAUGCGAGGAUUCAGAAAGGGUAGAAAGGCACGAGUUGUUUGGAAAAUGGAGGGCGAGGUUAUCCAUGGCAGGGUUCACUCAACUGCCCCUAAGUUUCUCGGUGAAGGAAUCUGUUAAGGGUUUGAUGAAGGAGUUCCACGAGAAUUAUCGACUUGCAGAGAGGGACGGAACACUAUAUCUCGGUUGGAAAACCCGCGGCUUGUCGUCCGCCUCAGCUUGGAGGUGAGGCGUAGUAACUCACCGCCCGAAUAAAAUGUCCCAACUCCUGUAAAGUUCAGUUUAGCUUAUGGGCUUCUUGUUUUGAGGUCGUUUCACCAUGAGACGGUCUCAUACAAGACAGGUUGCAAUAUAUUUGUUUGGUUAGUGGUUAUUGGGAUAGAAGUAACAUGUUAACACCAAUAUAAUGUGAUAGAUGAUUAAACAAACAAAUGGGUUGGGACUUGGGUCCAUAAUUCUCCAUUUUUAGCUUAAAGAAAUAGCGUUGUAGUAAAUGUAAAGUGUGUGAACUACCAAAAUAAAUGGGUAUCUUUCGUUGCACA